AUGGCCGGCGGAGCAAAAAAACCGGUGAACAUUUUUCGCCUAAAGGACCUGGAUGAACCCAAGCAAGUCUUCAACUGGAGGCUUUGGCUUGCGGUCGUUUCAUUCGGCCUCAUGGGCGCUGCCCGGGGCGUUGAUGAAGGCUUGAUCUCAGGCGCCUUCAAUUCUAAGGAUUUCCAGAAUUACAUCCACUACCAAUCAUAUAGCAAAGUCGAACAGACCAACAUCAAGGGAAACGUUACCGCUAUGGUACAAAUAGGAUCCGUCGGAGGAGCUCUGUUUGCUUUUUUGGUCUGUGAUCGCAUUGGCCGUAUCUGGGCAACUCGCCAGCUUUGUCUUCUAUGGAUUGUUGGAAUCGCCAUCUUCAUGGGUAACGGCGGCAACCUGGGUGCUGCCUAUGCUGGUCGUUUUAUUGCCGGACUCGGUAUUGGUCAGACAGUCGUUGUAGCGCCUGUGUAUCUUGCAGAAAUCGCGCCUGCUUCAAUUCGUGGUCUAUGUACCUGUGUCUUUACUGGCUUUGUCUAUCUGGGCAUUGUGCUUGCUUAUUUUGCAAAUUAUGGCUGCCAGGUCAAUCUCGGUGAUACUACUCGCAAGCGAUGGCUUAUUCCUACGAGUCUCCACAUCAUGUUCGCUGGCGUCAUCUUUAUCUUGUCCUUCUUUCAGCAUGAGUCCCCACGGUAUCUGGUCAAACGCGGUCAGAUUGAAAAAGCUAUCGCAACCCUAUCGAGAGUUCGCAACUUGCCCCCUGAUCAUGAAUACGUUGUUCGCGAGAUUGGCAUGAUCGAAGCCACGCAUCACGCUGAAAUGGAGGCUACUAUGGGAUCUGGUCCCAUAGGAGUUCUCAAGGAAGCCUUCUUAAUUCCAUCGAAUCUAUAUCGAGUUUACCUCACCUUCAUGGCUCAGAUUCUAUCUCAGUGGUCUGGGGCCGGCAGCAUUACGAUAUAUGCUCCGGACCUUUUCAAGCUGCUCGGAAUCACUGGUAACAACGAGGGUUUACUAGUCAGUGCUGUCUUUGGUAUCAUCAAAUUGAUUGCCGCAGUUGCCUGUGCUCUUUUCUUGGUCGAUGUCAUUGGACGCAAGCGAGCCCUCCUGCUAGGCAUCAUCCUUCAAGCAAUCUCUAUGAUCUAUAUUGCCGGAUUCUUGACUGCCGUCCCCCAAAUGGGUGUGGUCAGUACUUUCCAGCUACCAGCUAGUCAGAAAGGCGCUAGCACAGGAGCAAUCGUGAUGAUCUACCUUUCUGGUGUUGGAUGGGCUUUAGGUUGGAAUUCUAUGCAGUAUCUCCUGACUGCGGAGUUGUUCCCUCUCCGCAUCCGUGCUCUUUGCACUUCAAUGGCCAUGACUCUACAUUUUGCCAACCAGUAUGGCAACUCGCGUGCAGUGCCCAACAUGCUUCUCCCCACAAGCCAAGGUGGAAUUGAUCCCAAGGGUACGUUCUGGUGCUUUGCUGCUAUUACCAUUCUUGGUGGAGUCUGGGUUUGGUUCAGUAUUCCGGAAACUGCUGGCCGCUCGCUAGAAAGUAUGGAUCGGCUUUUUGCCCUCCCGUGGUACAAGAUCGGAAGAUAUGGUAAUAAGGAUGCGGAGGAGCAGGAUCGAGUUGUGGACAACAAGAUGGAGAUGGUGGCGCAAUCUUAUGGCACGGCUCAGCAUGUUGAAGGCAACGUUUCUUCAAGCAGGGUUUGA